GAUAUCGAUAAGCUUCUUAUCGUAAAUAAUCCGUAUCUAGAUAAGCCCAUCUCUAGGUUCGAAUAAGCGCUAUUAAUUUUGUUUAUUUUUUUGAAAACAGAUAAGGCAUUGGUAUAUAGGGAAAAUGUCGCGAAAUGUGACAUUAUCGGAUGAGCAGAGCCGAUUAAACGCCCGCCUGGAGGCACAUAUGGUAUACAUUUGCCCGGAGUGCGGUAAGGCGUUUCGCACACAGGUCGAAUGGCGUCAGCAUCUGAAUACGAAACAUGAGUAUCUGAAGAAGACCUACUCGGACUUCAACUUUAUCCAGAUCGAUGAACGUUUUCACGAGUGCCAGCUGUGCUUUAAGUGGGUGGAGAACGCCCAUAAGACAAUCGCCCUGCUCCAGUACCAUUACUUUAUGCACCUGGAGCACAGUGAGACCUACCGAUGCGUGCACUGCCGCAUGGCAUACACCAGGCGCCGGGCACUCAACACACAUCUGCUAGACACACACUUGCGCGAGAUCGAGAAGUAUGAGACGAAGCUGCGUCAGAUGAAGCGGCAGCAACAGCAGGAUAAGGAAUCCACUGCCGGACCAGCAGCAGCAGCACCUGCUAAUGCAAAUGCGCUGCCGCAUGUCAAUGUGCCAGCCAAACGUGGUCGCCCUCGGGGCAGCGGUCCAAAACAGCGCAAGGAUUUGCUACAAAAGGCUCUGAUGGACAUUGAUCUCCACACUGAGGUAGACAAAUCCCCCACUGCCGCGGCACAAGCAACGGCGGGCUCAUCUGGAUCAGUUUCCUCGGUCGCAUCUAAGACAAAUGCGAGUGAACAGAACCUGGACCGAUGUUUGGACGCAUACGAGGACAUUGUCCGAAAGGAGGAGGGAAAGCAACCAAAGUUCGAAGCGGAAUUGGAUGCCCUCUGUCAGCAGUUUUUCGACGAGUCCACUCCGGCCGGAAAGGAGAAAAGGGAAGACAGGUCUACCGAGGAAGUGGUCCUAAUCGAAAUCGAUGCGCUCGGAAAGGAAGAAGUAGCCAAGCUGAAAAAGGAAAUGAAAUCGGAUUCUCAAAGUCAGGCAGCCAAGCGACGACGUAUUUCUGCCUCGCCCAACCGCGAUUCUGACUCUGAGGUGUCAACCAACGGACUAAUGAAGCUAAUCUCCUAUCUCUGUCCCAAGUGUGGCAAGGAGAUCGCAUCGAUGGAAGGCUGGAGGGCGCAUGUGUUCAAUAAGCACGACUUUGAGCACAUUAUCGAGAAUAGUUUCAAGAUUCAGGAGCCAGGUCACCAGGCAGUGUGCCUGCAGUGCCACGAAGUACAGCCAUCCACUAAGCGGUCGCAGUUGCAGAAGCACUGCUUCAAGCACCUUCCCUACCGUUCCUACCUUAAGUGCAGCCUUUGCGAUCGCACAAAGACUAGUACCUCAAAGAUCUUGAAUCACAUUCGUUACAAUCAUCAGGAUGAACUGCGGCGCAAAAACAAGACACAGUUGAUCAUCAAGCCGGAACCCAAAUGGCCAAGUCCCGGCAGACAGUCGAAUAAGCACUCUGUGGGGGAUUAUUCGGGUGAAGAAGACGGUGAUGGGAUGAAUGGGGAAAGUAUGGUGUGCGAGCACUGCGACAUGUCGUUCAAGACCAAGUGGCGAUACGAUCGUCACGUCCCCAGCUGCCGCAGAGCCGGCGUCAUUCCAGAAUCAGGUUUCGAGGCCAUGUUAAGCCACCUACGCGAAGGUAGUCGGCGCAUCGAAGCCAUCUGGAAGACGAUGAACACUGAGAAGGUAUAGAUGUAGUCGAUGUUGACAAUAAAGCUUUCUUUUAGCUUCUAAAUAAAUAUUCCAAACCGUAACAAUUAGGACUUUUGUAUUAUAAUCUUGAGACUCUUUAUUUAUUAUAUUAAAUGUCAAAUAUUGUCCUUUUUUAGUAAUGCUUA